GCGCGGCUCCGCCAGGUCUUGGGCUGGCGGCGACCCCCGAGGUGGCCGCGGAGGCGCCGGGGCGGGGCCGGGGGGAGGUGCCGGGUGGUGGCCGCGGAGGCGCCGUGCUCUGCGGCAGCCCCUUUCGCGGCCGCGCGCGGCGUCGAGUCGAGCCCGCCGGGGAGCGGCGGCCGCGGCCGGGUCCGAGUGGGGGCGGGCAGAGGAGGGUUCCGGGCGCCGUCCGGGAGCCCCCGGGGGCCGGCCGUCUCCCACCAUGUCCGACGAGGCCGCCGCCACGACUUCCUUCGAGAAGUUUCUCACGCCGGAGGAGCCCUACCCGUUCCUGGGCCCCCCGCGCGGCGCGGGCACCUGCCCGAGCGAGGAGCCGGGCUGCCUGGACAUCAGCGACUUCGGCUGCCAGCUCUCGUCCUGCCACCGCACCGACCCGCUCCGGCGCUUCCACACCAACAGGUGGAAUUUAACUUCCUGUGGAACAAGUGUUGCCAGUUCAGAAUGCAGUGAGGAGCUGUUCUCAUCAGUUUCUGUUGGAGAUCAAGAUGAUUGCUAUUCUCUGUUAGAUGAUCAAGAUUUCACUUCUUUUGAUUUAUUCCCUGAGGGGAGUGUCUGUAGUGAUGUAUCCUCUUCCAUCAGUACAUACUGGGAUUGGUCCGAUAGUGAAUUUGAAUGGCAGUUACCAGGUAGCGACAUUGCCAGUGGGAGUGAUGUGUUUUCUGAUGUCGUACCCAGUAUUCCAAGUUCACCUUGCCUGCUUCCUAAAAAGAAAAAUAAGCACCAGAAUUUAGAUGAACUUCCUUGGAGUGCUAUGACAAAUGAUGAGCAGGUUGAAUAUAUUGAGUAUCUAAGUCGUAAAGUCAGUACUGAGAUGGGUCUUCGGGAGCAACUUGAUAUUAUUAAAAUAAUUGAUCCUUCUGCUCAAAUCUCCCCUACAGACAGUGAGUUUAUUAUUGAACUUAACUGUCUCACAGAUGAAAAACUGAAGCAGGUUAGAAACUAUAUAAAGGAGCAUAGCCCUCGCCAGCGGCCCACACGAGAGGCCUGGAAGAGAAGCAACUUUAGUUGUGCCAGCAUCAGUGGAGUGAGCGGUGCCAGUGCCAGUGUCAGCAGCAGCAGCGCCAGCAUGGUCAGUUCUGCAAGCAGCAGUGGGUCCAGUGUUGGAAACUCUGCUUCAAACUCCAGUGCCAACAUGAGUCGAGCACACAGUGACAGCAACUUGUCUGCAAGUGCAGCAGAACGGAUUCGGGAUUCAAAAAAGCGAUCCAAACAGCGGAAGUUACAGCAGAAGGCCUUACGCAAAAGACAGCUGAAAGAGCAAAGGCAGGCUCGGAAGGAGAGGCUCAGUGGCCUCUUCCUGAAUGAAGAAGUGCUGUCCUUGAAAGUGACUGAGGAAGACCAUGAUGCAGAUGUAGAUGUUUUGAUGUAAUCAGGGUGGCUUUAUCUGUGUUUUUUCUAAGCUUUUAUGUAUUCUGUUUUGAUUUGUUUACAUGCAUCUUGACCAAACUUUUUGGUUAGGGAUCUGCUAAUGUGCCAUUAAUAAUUUAGGCCAGUGAUUCUCAGUGGGUGGUCCCUGGGCCAACAGCUGCUCCAUCAUGAGAAAUAGUUAGAAAUGUAUGUAUUGGGUCGCAUCCUAGUUCUAGUGAAUCAGAUACCCCAGGGUUACCAGAUACCCCAUUGUCUUUUAAUGGGCACGGGGUUAUUUUAUGGCACACUUGUUUUAAGAACCACUGAUUUAGGUAAAUGUUUUGACUAUUUAAACUUCAACAUGGUUAAGUGGACUUUUUUCAAAGACUAGUAGUAUAUUCUGACAGUUUAGGAGAUGUGUAAGUACUGCUGACAAUUUGUGUAGAGAUUAUAAUUCAGUUCCUUUUUAUGUUGCUAUUUCUUGGUUUACAUUUUCUAGAGGGCCUUAGGAUCAUUAAAAAUUCUUAGUGGAAAUGUUUUUCAGGUGGUGGAAGUGGGAUGUGGUUUGCUGUUUACAGUAGUGCCUUCAUUGGGUUUAUUUCUACCUGUUUCCCUUCAUUAUUAACAGGUAUAAAAACAGGCCCUAAUGUCUUUACUGUUUGAUUUUAAUUUUUCACUUUAUGUAAAUUCAGAAUCCUUUAUGUAAGUGAUAACUACUGAGGAAAUAGUUACUUGUAGGUGAACUAUUAGACGAGAUGCUGUGUUAAGAGGAAGCAAUUAAGAAAAACAACCAAGUCAGCUUUUGCAGUGUUUUCUAAAAUUUUAGGCGAUCAGACUAUCUCAAAAUCAGAAAGUCUCUUAUUUUCUAGUACAUUUUUCCCCAGUACAGAUCAAAAUUUUUAAGUAAUUUGAAAUAAAAAUUUCUGGCAUAUGAAAAGAUUAUGCUCAAAAAUAACUAAAAGAAAACCUUACAGAUCUUCUAAAUUUCUCUAAACUGAUAGAAAUACAUGGAGUAGAAAGAUAGAAGACAUCUUAGUUUUUUUUACUAUUAAUAGAAUUCUGAUUUUAAGUUUUGAAAUCAUGUACUUUAAAUAUUUUAGUGGAGAAUUUGUUACCAAUAUUAGCAGUAGGAUGGUUCCUUUUGUUUUAUCAUGUGUUUAAAGAUUACAUGGGUUAAAGAAUAUGGGAGCUGAUACUACUGACAAUCAAGCUGCUUUCUGAGUUUCACAGUUUUCUUAUUGUGGACAACCUUUGGAAUGGUUCUGUAGAAGUUAGAGUAUUAAACUAGAAUUAGAGAAUAAUAGGAUUUCUUUUCAUUUUAAUAUAUUUUAUCAUUAGAGAAAAGAUUAGCAAUUAAAUUCUUAAUUAUCAGUUGACAUAAGUCUUAAUAUUAACCAUUGCAUACUUAAAAUUUUUUACUUUAAUUUUAGUUCCUUGAAUGUUCAAGAAUUGAAACCAAUAAAAAUAGAUCCAUUGAGGAGUGAUCUAUAGAGCUAUUAGUUGAUUUUUUUGGUACUGUUGUAACAUUUUAAAUACUGCUACAUUCAUUGAUAGUUCUUAGAAUCCUUUAAGCAUUGGGGAAAUAGUCAUCUUUGUAUUUUCCUUCUAUGUAUAAGAAGAGUAAAUUUGCAGAAGAAUAAAUGUAGAGAAGAGCAAAGACAACUGAAUUCUCUGCCUGUUCUUAGCAAAAAUUAACUCUCGAAGAUUGAUUGUUCUUGAUCCACUCCUUGGUACACUCUUCAAUGAAAUUAGGCAACUUUUGGAUACUUAAAGCAGGUUAACUAUUACAUACUUGAAGCCAGUAAAAUAAAAUCUUAAUUAUGGACGUGAUAUAAUAAAGCCAAUUCCUCCUAACAGUCACACAGACUUAGUACUUUAGAUUAAACUUUUUAAAAAUAGAUUUUAUUGUGGUACCAGGUUUAUAUACUGUUAAUUAUCCUUUUCAUAGAUGUAUCAUUCCAACUCCACACCCAAACCUUAUAUUUGAUGUAAGUCAUCAUUAAAUGAGCUUACCAAAGUUACACAAAGCCAGAUUUUAAGGGUUAUAAAGACUUUAAUGGUUAUAGGAAAGUGUUCCAUAAAAAUUUGUAUAAGUCCGAAAUAUUUUUACAGUAGUAUAUAUUAGAGAUAGUACAUAAAAUUGUUUUGGAUAUUGAAAAUAUUUCCUCUGAAAGAAGAACAUUAAAAUAACUUUCAUUCGCUAAUGAUCAAAGACAGAGAUUAAAACCCCUCAAAUAGCACAAAAGAGAUAAAGCUCUUGCCCUUAAUGUAUUAUAUACUUUUUUUCUGUCUUAAUGCCUCAUGCAGAUCAAGUUUUUUAUGACUUCUUAAAAUAAGUAAUUUAAUUUGGUGUAUAUCUGAGUACACUUUUUUUGCCAAACCUGGCAAUGCUCAGGGGCUACUCCUGGCUGUGCACUCAGGAAUUACUCCUGGCAGUGCUUGAGGACCAUAUGGGAUGCCAGGGAUUGAACCUGGGUCUGCUUCAUGUAAGGUGAGCACUCUACCCGCUAUACUGUUUCUCCCACCCCUCAGUUAAUUUUAAAGCAAUCCAGCUUAAUUUUUUCUUUUUAAAUAUAAAGUUAAAAUGUGAAAUGUCAGUUUUAAUAUUGACAUUGACUUGAUAUUGGAGCAGAUAAAUCUUCCUCCCAUCAGAGCUAUCUUUGGUUUUGUUUUGCUUCUUUUUUGGUUUGUUUUUUAACUUUUUGGGGGGACAGCACCCGUCUGUGCUCAGGGAUCAUUCCUGGCAGUGUUGGGGGGACCAUAUGCAGUGCUGGGGAUCAAGCCCUGGUUGUUGGCAUACAGGGCAAACAUUUUACCCUCUGUACUAUAUCUCUGGUCCCAGAAAUGACUUUGUUAACUGAGGGCAUAAUAAAGUGCACUCAGAUUUAUCCAUACACAUGUUAUUAGAGGUUUGUGAGUAGGUCAUUUUAUAUCUCAGAAGUGGAAGAAUUACAUUUUUUGAACCUGUCAGACACCACCAUAAUUUUAAAAGCAUGAACCUAGAAUUGAACAAAAAGGUACAUCUUCUAUAGUUUUGCAAUUGAAUUAAUGCAGUAUUGUAUUCAGUGAGUAUAAUGGACUAUUAAUGGACUAAUUCAGACUGUCCUAACAAGAGCUUAUAAUAAAAUGGUUUUUUUAAUGA